AUGGAAUUAACAAUAGAAUUACAAGGCCAAUAUUAGGUAGAGUCAUUUGAAACUAUUUUAAAUGAGAGGACUACACUUUUAAAUAUUGCGGAAUUGAUUUAAGAGGCUUAGUAUUAUGAGUAAGUAUUUUAUCAAGAUCUAGAUAGUUUAAUUUGAGUGAGUUAUUCUGUUUAGAGGUUAAGGGUUAGAAUAAAUUUAUUAGUGGAAGAUAAACAUCCAUUAAAACAUGUCUAAUUUAAAAUAGGAUUGAUGCAAAAACGCUAAUCUUCUAUAGAGGACUGGACGGCUCGAAAAAAAGUUUAAAUUAAUUCAUUUAUAAUAGUGAGUAAAGGAGAGGUGAUCGAUUAAAAUAUCAGAGUUGAACCCAGUACCAAUUAAAUCUACCAACAACAAGUUGCUAAUCCAGCUGAAGAUAUUUCGAUAUUUUAGAGAAAUAAAUAAACAGGAGGAGUAGUUAUUGGAGGAGGGAAUAUUUCUGCAUCACAGCAUUUGAAUAAUGUAGAGAGGAAUAUCUAACAACAAAAUUACAAAGGCAAUAUUGAUCCUGCAAAUUAAUUAGAAACAAUCUAAAAUUAUUCAAACUAAACUAUAGUGCAAUAAAAUUCAAUCAUAAAUUCUCUACCAAAUUAAAUCGGAUAAGCGUAAGUUAACUUACAAUAAGGUACAUAAUUUGGAAGGAACUAUUAAUAAUAAUCAGCCUAAGCUGUCAAUUUGUUGAGCACUUCAGAAUAAUAAAUUAGAUAAUCCUCAAAUUAAUAAUAACCAACUAAUGUAAUAUCAAACUAAGGAGGGUAUGAAAUAGGUGGAAAUGUGACAUAAAGUCAAUAUUACCGUUAACUACAACAAAAUAGCUAAUCCAAUUUUAUCGAAAAAUAACCUGAAUAACAAAAUGAUUCCUUGUUUACAAGGUAAUCAGCUCAAUCACAACAAUCAAGUACUAUAAAAAUAAAUGAUAUUGGAGUAUAAUUUUAGAAUAAAACAAGUCAAAUAAAUGAAUCGCUUGUUGGAAGGUAAUAGGUUCAAUAACCUUAAUAAAACAAUACACAACCAGUUGAUAAUCCUUCAUUAAGACAACAAUAAUAAUAAUAAUAAUAAUAAUAGUAAUAAUAAUAAUAAUAAUAAUAAUAAUAAUAAUAACAACAAUAUAAUAACCAAACAUAUGAUAUUUUUUAAAGAUAAUAGGUAUAAUCAACAUAAUAAAUUAAUAACCAAUCAACUGAUCCCCAUUUAUAAAUAUAUUAGCCAUAUUUAACAUAACAAAUUAAUAAUCAGACAAAUGAUCCAAUUUUUUAAAGGUAAUAUCAAUAAUCAAUAUAAUAUACAUAAUCAAUUAAUAAUCAAUCAGGUGAUUCUCUAUAUUUAAGAUAAUAGGCAUAAUAAACAUAAUCAACAUAUUAAAACAGUAAUCAACAAUAGGCUCAAUAGCCUUAAUAAAACAGUACCUAAAUGGAUGGUUCUCUUUUUAAUAGAUAAAAAACAGCACAAUAAUCAUAAUAAUUAAAUAACCAAUAUGUUGAUACUAUUCAAAUAAAGUAGCCGAUUCAAUAAAAUAAUAUCCAACAAGAUGAAUCUCUUUUUGCAAGAUAAUCAGCACCAUAAAUUUCAUAGACUAGUACCUCAAAUGUCAAUAAAACAAGUGUAAGCCAAUAGCAGUAAAUACAACCUGACCCAUUAAUUCAGAAAACAUUUUAACUUGUCCUACAUAUGAAUUCUAAUCAAGAGAAGAGUUUAAUAAAGUUUUUGAAGGAUGAAAAUAUACUCUUUACAUUUAAUUGA